AUCUAGGGUUAGCCCGUGAUUCUCCGCCCUCCAUCCGUUUAUUCCAAGGGCUGGAACUGGCCUGGUCCAAUGACAUAGGCGCUGCGAGGCGCCUGUUACCAGAUGCCCCAAGCAUGGCAGCGAGGGGCUUUAAUUGAACCCCCAGCAGCACACGAAGAGCAUAUGCUGCGAUGUAUUCCCCAGGCCUCUCCGUUGGAGGUGCCCGAUGCAUGAGUGUAGAAAAUACAGCGUUUCGCCUCUGUAAGCCUUUAAGCCUUACAUUCACACCCUGAGGCUGCCUUUUGAGACAUGAUGCAACGGAAUCGUUUCUUGCCGUUCCGCGCGCAUGAAUCUCUCUCUCGCGAAUAGUUGUACUUCCGUAUUUUUCAGCCUGGCCCGCCCGAGCUUUUCCGCCUCCGUUUCCGAAUUGUUCGCCUUGUGGCCUGAAACCAUGGCGCCAUUGCUCUGACGCCGAGCGGCGCAGGAGUGUUAAGGAGGGCAGCAGAAUCGGGGGGAAGACACUAGAGGAGAAAAGGAGAUAAGAUUCGUCGGCUAGGCGCUGAAGUAUAUGGUUCCCUCAACACUAAGACGGUUCCCUCGUAGUAUUUCCAUCGAAGCAGAGUAGAACCACUCCAGCCAGCUGCCAGCUCAGCAGGGCUACAACCGUUUCAGCCAGACCGAUUAUCGCGUUGUGCCCUCCACGUGGCAAUGAAGGAACACGCCACGUCACUGCACCCAGGAGCGCUCCUCCUGCCGCUAAGGCGCGUCGCGUCUCUCCUCCUCCUGCUGCAUCUCCACCUCGCCUCCUCCACCUUCCUCGGCCUCGCUCGCGCGAACGAGUCGCACGAGACCUUAGAAUCGGUCGAUGCGCAUAGCCUUUCCGCGGGCUCUACCCCUUCCGCCGGCUCUAGCCCCCUCGAUCAUGCCUCCCCCGAGGGUACUGGCCCUUCCGCGGAAAUCGGUCUGUUCGCGAAAAACGGCUCGUUGUUCGCGGGGAAUGGUUCGGCCGCGCUCCCCGUGGUGGUGUGGCACGGCUUCUUCGACUCGUGUCGGAAUGAUAAGAGCGUGGGGUAUCUGCGCGCCGCCGUGCGCAGCGUGCUGCCGGACGUGUUCUUCCACUCGAUAUGCGUCAAGGACGAGGGCGUCCGCGAUAUAAGCUCGUCCAUCUUCGGGUCCAUUGAUCAGCAGAUCGACGAGGUCUGCGCCUCCCUGGCGGCCAUCCCGCAACUCGCGGGCGGCUUUAACGCCAUCGGGAUCAGCCAGGGCGGGCUGCUCUUCCGCGCCUACGUGCAGCGCUGCAACUCCCCGCCCGUGCGCACGUUGAUAACGCUCGGCUCCCCGCACGCAGGGAUGGCCGCCUUGCCUUACUGCGGCCCGAGCAGGGAGACCGAAGGGGAGAUAGAAAGGGAGAAUCAUUUCCGGGGGUGCAUGGGAGGUGCGGAUGACGUGGGGUCGUACGCCACGUGUAACGCCAGCGUGGCAGCGGACUGGGAGGGGGAAAGCACGUGGCAGGAGGAGGAGGCGGAAGAGUCAGGGGGACUUAGUAGUCUAGGAGGCGUUGGCGUUUCAACGCUUAGAGUGCUAACUGCCAGCAGCAACGGCCUUAGCGGCUUUAGCGGCGGAUUUAGCGGCGGUUUGAGCGGUCUUAGCAGCGGUGGCUUCAGCAGUAGCUUGAUUAGCUUCAGCGGCGGAAGCUUCGCAGGAAGCAGCGAGAUGGCAGGGAGCAUAACGUGGGCGUUACUUAGCGGCGUAGGGACGGCUGUAGACUUCUGUACGCUGCUGAAACCGCACAUGCACCGAGUUUACCUGCCCUGGGUUCAAAAGUUUUUCAUGCCCGCACAGUACUUCCGGCUUUGGCGGCACAUGGAUCGGUACUUGCAGCGGAGCGCGUUUCUAGCGGAUAUUAAUAACGAGCGGGGCCCGACCAGACGGAAUGAGACGUACGCUGCGAACGUACGGAGCUUGGAGCGGCUCGUACUGGUGCGGUGGCAAGAUGAAACGAUGAUCUCGCCGCCCCAAUCGUCGUGGUUCUGGUCACACGACCGCUCCGGCAAUCUGCUCCCGUUACAGGAACAGCCGAUGUUCGCCGAAGAUUGGCUCGGAUUACGAACCCUGCACGAGAAGAAAAAGCUACACUUCACCACCAUGCCUGGCUCCCAUGGAAUAAUCAACCCAUCGCUCUUUGCCCGUGAGUUUGUUUCCAAGUACCUUAUACCUGAGCCCACCACAGCAGCUGCAUGAAACAAACCUCUGUCAGGACCAUGCGGAGCCAGUACCAAGGGCCAAUUUAUCAGCAGUAUAAAGGCCAAUCUACAGCCACCAUCAGGGCACUGGAUCCUCUCACCAUCUCCAUCCAGCUCCAUCCAUCUCCACCCUCUGGCUUCUGCCACCAGCUCCAUCCAUCUCCACCCUCUGGCUGCUGCCUCCUGGCUCCUGGCUCCUGGUCCUUGGAGUUCCCGCGGGCGACAUUGCUCCUUCAUUUUGCAUCCCACGUAUUCCAACGGCCUCCAUCAUCCAUCCCUUCCUCCCGAGUCAUUGUCAGUUCGGCAUCCUGACACAGCCUCGCCUCUAUCAAUUCCGCAGGUAGUAAUGCCAGUUGAGCGACAGGUUAUUCAAGCGAAGCAGUGCAGCGGUUUCCUAGUGUGGUGUGUAUUACUGCGGCACAGCACUGGCUAACAUGACGCAGGUCGAGAGCUAAUGCUACCAUGGACUGUGGAACCGUAAGGUACUUCAGAAACCAAUGGUAGCAGCUAGCACAGCCAUCAAGGAGAGUCCUAGGGAUAGAUAAGUUAGUGCUAAGAGGAAAUCAUAGUGGGCAUUAGACUAGGAUUCAUGAAAUGUGUAGAUGUAGGUAGCACUAGGACAAGGAUGCCACCUCAGCAUCUUCAAGUGCCCCUUAGCUGUUCUCUAGGCAAUGCCACUCGUCUGAUCAAUAUCUCGUCACCUGUAGUUUCCUUUUUAGAUUGAGUGAUUUG